AUGCACCGCAUAUCUCAGCCAAUCACCUUGGAGCAGGAGAUGCAGGAAGCCUUUGAGUUCUUCAACCCGGAUGAACUCGAAAUAGACCCGCACGAGACGGCCACGGCCAUCCAUCCCCGGGGCCUGGCGCAAAUCUUCGCGGAGAUGGGGGAGGAGAUCUCAGAGCUGGAGUGUCAGGAAAUGAUCAGUGCUGCCACCGGUGGAAAGGACUGGAUCGACUUUAAGACCUUUCAGCGCUUCUGCAAGCCCAAGCGAGGCCCAUGA